AUGGCUAGUUCCGAAUUACCAUCCAACUUGCAGCUUCGUGAUGAUUUGACUUUAUUGCAAACUGCUAUAAGUCAAAACAAUAGUGACAUUGUAGUUUAUCUUAAAAACUGCUAUGAAGAUUAUCUGACGCGGCUUUUAGUCAAAUCUAAUGGCAGUGGUAUCAAAAAUGCUAUCGGUACAAAACGUGACCCGUUUUCAACGGCAUUGCUGCCAAGAGACAUCCCAACAAAUCUUACACGGAUUAAAGCCACUGGUGAUGGGAAUUGUUUGUUCAAUUCUGUAUCUUUACUAUUAACUGGCGAGGAAAACGUCAACGGAAUUCUUCGCCUUCUCGCAGCAGCAGAAUUUUUUUAA